AUGGAUCUCAGCGUCCAGCGGCAGAAGCUUUCCGACGCCGACGCCGGCGGCGAGGACCGCCUCAGUGCUCUGCCCGACGACCUGCUCAUACACAUCCUCGUCCUGCUCGACGCCGCCGCCGAGGCCGCUCGGACCAGCGUCCUUGCCAGCCGCUGGCGCCGCCUCUGGCUCCUCCUCCCGGAGCUCAACCUCAACUCCAUCGAGCACCACCGCAUAGGCGCCGUGCUCGCAGCCCACGAAGCGCCGGACCUAACCCGGCUGAUCGCGCGCACCAAGGACGCGUCCCCAGAGUCCCUGUCGGCCUGGCUCCCCCUCGCCGCGCGCGUCCUCUCGGGCCACAUGCGCCUCGACCUCGAGGAGGUUCAGCGGGGGGCCGAGGAAAGAGGCGCUGCCGUCGAUCUGCCUUGCUUCCACAAGGCCACCUCCAUCGUGCUCAAUCUUGGGCUUCUUGACCUCGCGCUGCCGCCUAACGGAGUAUUCGCCCGGCUCCAAGAGCUGCAACUAAUUGGCAUCCGGCUACAUGGCCAGUCCGGGUUCGGUGAUCUUCUCUCCUCCCAGCGGUGCCCAUACUUGUGGUUCCUCCGUGUCAGCGAUGCCCGGGGUCUGGACAGCCUCAACAUCCAAUCCGACUCUCUUAUGUGUAUGGAGCUGUUGGAUCUGCAUCGCUUACCGCAGCUCACUGUCGUGGCACCGGAACUCAGAAAACUACAACUGAGCACCUCCAUGGAUCCUCGGAAUACAGAACUAGCAGUUGCCAAUAUCUCAGCCCCUCUGUUGAUGUCGCUUGAGUGGAUGGAUGUUUAUUAUCCAAGUUCUAUCCAGUUUGACGCCAUGGCACAUCUUGAAAGUCUGGGCAUCCAUUUUUAUAUUCUAGAUGAGGAGGAGGAGGAGGCUUUUGAACACAAUCACUAUUGGUUGACAUUUUUGCAGCGCUAUGAGCACAUCCGCAGUCUUGAUCUCAUGAUUUCCUACCCGUCGGUCAUAUGUACUGGGCCAUACUUGACGGAAAACAUGCCAAGCCUUCCAAAUAUUACAUUUUUGAUGUUGAGUCUAAUUGUAUGGGGACAUUCCUUUGGAGCCAGUUUAUUUGAUGUUCUAAGGAGGUGUACUGGUGUAAAAAAGCUGCAUCUUGAUUUUUUUCCAGAAAAUCAAUCCGAGGUAAUACUAUUGUUAAUUUGAUUUUCAAAUUCUAGAGUUAUCAGAGAAGUCAUAUGAAGGAAUAUGAGAAUAAGCAUUUCUAGAGAUUCGAAAGAAGGAUAUGCAUUUCUAGGCAUAGAGAGGUUUGAGCUCCUUUAUUGGUUUGAUAUUAACAUUUUGCUCCAUGAUAAUGGCUGUAUUAAAUGUAUGACGUAUGUAUAUCCAAAUGAAAACACUUAGCUCUUCAUGUAUGACAAAUCAGGAUAUGGGAGUACAUUACAAGGGUUGCUGACAUGGUAAUAGGUUUUAUUU